GAAAUGUUUUGCAUGUUUCAACCUAGAAAAGCAAAGAACGACGCCAUAUUUGAUCGUUAGAUCAAUCUUAAAACAAAGUAGAGACAAUUUUUUCUUUUAACCAUUUAAAAAAUGGGGAGAAAAAAGAAGAAGCAGAUGAAACCUUGGUGCUGAUAUCCUUUUAAAUGAAGUAUUUAAUUAAAAUAAAUUGCGAAUAUUUUCUAAAUUAUAUUUUUAAUUUAGGCGUUAGUGCCCAGCUCUACUCUAACCCUUGCCCUUCGCUUAGUAGCUUAGUCUUAGACUUAGUGGACGCAGAGCCCUACUUACACUAUCACUAAUAAACAUAGUCGUAAUUACCUUAACUCUAGUACUCCUACUCCUAGAGAAGCCUGGAAUUGAAUUUUAUUUUUAAACCAUUUCAGUUUAGACCUUUGUCCUAUUUUUUAAAUUUGCAGAGUUAAAGAUUUUAGUUACAUUUUUAAUUCAAAUUGGGCCAACUCUCAUUUAACUGGAAAACUGAAUACUGAAUGAAUGGUGUUGAAAUUGAAUUCAAUAAUCUUGUUGUUAGUGACUGUUUGUCCUAAAACCCAACAAAACAGAAUUUACCCCUACCCUAUUACAGUGUUUUUAUAUGUACAUUUAUUUGUUUACGCUACCGUACACAUAAUUUGUGAUGGACAUAGAUAGUGACAUAGACAUAGAUUGUAGCUCCAACCAUUGACGUAAAUGUGUAAUUGACGGCAUGGGUUUUACCAAGAUUUGUCUCACCCUACGCGCUGUGACUUCACUUUGGAAUCCGAACACUGCACUUAAGGUGACAGGACCAACAGUUGGACCUGAUUGAUGAUAUUUUUAACUUUCCCGUUCUUCAAUCACUGAGCGUUAUUCGCAUCAAAAAAUUAAUCUGCUGAUCGAUACAGUUCAUAUAAAUAAGUUAAAAUGAAAUUUGAAUUUACAAUUAAUUUUUAUUAAACUUCAACUUACAAGUUUCAAAAGAAAUAAAACGAAGUGGUUAUGCGCAGCCGACUGGAUAUAAACCUGAGAGUUAUACGCAGUCGGCAAGUCACGCGAGGUCUAUAUUCUUCUUGUGUUACAGUAUCGAUCGAUAAAGGUGCUUUCUUUAAGGAUGACUGGGCGGUCGAAUGGUAUAAACUGAGCAAACCUCAAGUUGGUGGUCUUGAGUUCAAUUCCAGCCAAAAGCCUGUGAAUGUAGAAUAUGUGUUAGUUGUUAGGUUUGUUCUCGAGAUUGAAGCUAACAAAAUAAGCUAUGCUUAUUGUUUUACUUUUGUUUUGGCUAAAAAAUGUUAAAACAUGAUAAGAAUUAUUAACUUGACCAAUGUAAUGUUAAUAAGGUGAUUCUUAUAAUUAUUAUAAUAUAAUUAUGUUUGUGUUGUUAACAUAUAUUUUGUGUUCUUAACUAAUUUUUUGGCAUAUAAAAUCAUGUUUCUCUGGUACAGUAAUUAUAAUCAGGGGUGGAGAGUAGCAGUAAAAAAAAUAGCUGUAGGGGCAGGGGGUUCUGUAGAGGGGGCACUUUAAGUAAUACUUUCACAGUUAUAGUUUUGCAUGAAAGCUGAAAACUGUUACAUUUAGGUCACCAAAAAAAAAAAAAAUCAUAAAUGAUAUAAUGUUUUAAAAAAAUAAAUAGAAUGUAUUUCCUGAAUUAGUCAGUAAAACCAACCACAUGGUCAUAGCAACAUAUAAAAACCUAAUCAAUCAGAAUACAGAACUAGACUUAGACCAUGGAAAUACCUUUUAAAAAAUCAUCUACUUAGACUUAUAAUUAUAAUAUAUAAGAUACAAGCAAUAAUAAUAAUAAUAGCACUAAUACUAUUACUAUCAUUCAAUAUUAAUUAAAAUUAAUUCAAUUAAAAUUUUACGUUAAAUACAUAAAAAGUUAUUGUUCAAAACAAUCUGUAAUGAUACGCAUAAUACUUUUUUUUUUAAUUGCCAAACUAGCUGUAAUAAACCUUAUUUGGCUAAAUUCCCAGCCGACUGCGUAUAACCCUGAGAGUUAUACGCAGUCGGCUGGGAAUAACUCUCUGGGUUAUGCGCAGUCGACUGAAUAUAACUGUCAGGGUUAUGCGCAGCCGACUGCUUAUAACGCUUCCCGAAAUAAAAAGAGAAACUCUUCCCGAAAUAAAAAGAGAAACUCUUCCUUGCUGAUAGCCAAAGAUGAACUCAGGAAAAAGAAGCAUGCAUAGGCAUCAUGGUUAAAAGUGCUGUUUUUUUAAUUUAAUUUAUUAGUUGAAAACGAAAUACCUGUAUGAAUGAUUUUCAUUUAUAUAAUUUUAUGUCCCAAUUUAACGUGACAGUUAAACAUAAUUUUCUCUAAUUUUGUCUUGGAAGAGUGGGGAUGUGUCAACAACCCCUCCCCACUCUUUUAGGGAAAAAAAUUAAAAAUGAGAAAAGAAACGUAUCAAAUAAUAAAUUCGGAACUAAAUUUCGAAAUAAUUUAACGGAAUUAUGGGCAGUUGAAAUGGGAAGACAUUGAUGGCCCUGCUGCUAACUGCAUUUUAGCCCACCACUGCCUAUAUGAUAGCUGGUCUCUAAGCAUGCAUUUUGCAUCCUGAGUUACAAGGUGGGGGUUGGCCGAGUGGUCUACACUGAGUCAAUCCCAAGCUAGUGAACUGGAGUUCGAUCCCCAGUAAACACAUGGACAAAAAAAAAUCACCAGCACCCUGGGUGGAUGGGACAUUUGAUGGCAACUCAUCUAAGGGAACGCAAACUCUGAAAUCAAACCCAGAGAUGGAGUUAUAUAUCUAAAAUUUGAUGUCAGUCCUUAACUUACAUUAAGUAUUGCAACAGGGAAUUCGAUGAUGAAAAGAUUCUUAUCCAGCAUCAGAAGGCUAAGCAUUUUAAGUGUCACAUUUGUUACAAAAAGUUGUACACAGGUCCAGGUUUAGCAAUUCAUUGUAUGCAGGUAUGUAACACUAUUUAAUGUAACACUCAUCCUUUAAUUCUGGUGAUUCUUCUGUUCAAGUUUAAUUAUUUAAUAUAUUUUCACUAUUUUAAAACUAAUGUGCCCAUAUCUGAUCAGAAGAAAAGGACACCACUAAAUAUUUGCUACUACAAAAACAUGGACACAUAAUUUUGUGUACUUUGAAUUAUUGAUGUACUCUUGGUACCAAUGGAACAAGAGGGUCAGGUAAUUCAUAUUGUGCUUAACAAUUAUUAAUGAUUAGGGAAUUGUAUCAAGAAAAAUAUUUUACAACUACUAGCUAACUAUUAUUGUUUUCUAUUUUUUAAAACAAUGUGAUAUAUUUUUAAGUUCCAGUUGCCAUGAUAUUAGAUGGCUUCAAAAUAUUGUCUCAAUUUUUUAAAAUUUCAGAUCUUUCAAAUAUUUGCACUCACACAAAUCUUUUGGCACCUAUCCCAUGGUGUAUUAAAUUACUAUGCCAUGUCAUUUGAACAUUAAUUUUAUUUUUAAAAAAUUAAGUAAAGCUAUUUGUGUUUUGAAUGCCCUGAAUGACAUUUUGCAUUUUGAUUCGUAUGUUUGAAAUUUAGGUGCAUAAAGAAAAGAUUGACAAAGUUCCUAACAGUCUUCCAGGCAGAAACAACACAGAAAUUGAAAUAUAUGGGAUGGAAGGUAUACCAGAAGAAGAUGCGAAGGCUCAUGAGAAAAAUAAAAAUAAGAAAAGUAAGUCAGCUAGAGUUUAUAUUAUUAUAUAUUACUAUUAAACAAAUGUGUAAAUGUGAUGUUUUAACAUUUAUAUACUCUAUCCGGUACUUUGUUUUCCACACUAAUGUAAAUAAAUACAAUAUGUGAAUUUCUUCACACCUUUUUUCUAAUACAAUACUCUGCCUUAACAAAAAUAACUGGGGGAAAUAAUUUUCUUUUAAAUUUUGUCACAUAUUUUACUUCCUAUUUGUAUAGUUGCUGAAGUUACAAGUGAGUUGGACUCUGGUGAUGAUAAUAGUAACCCUCCAACAACAUCUGGAGCAACGCCGAUGAUGAAUGGCAUGGGAAACAUUCCCCCACCUAUGCCCUAUGGACCAGGCAUGGGCCCUAUGUCUAAUCCUAUGAUGGGAGGCAUGGGGGGUCCCAUGGGUGGACCUAUGAUGAAUCCAAUGGGUGGAAUGGGGGGACCAAUGAUGGGUGGUCCAAUGGGAGGAAUGG